AUGCAUCUGACUGCCCUCUCUUCUCUCAUCCUCUUGGCUGGUGUCACCACAGCUGCUCCCUCCAAGCGAGCAGGAGAUUCUAGUGCCGACAUCAAUGCCGUCCUCCCUCCCGUCGUCAAGGUCAACACUCGCGCUGACAACGCCGACCUUAUCACCAAGCUCAUGACUGCCCCAACGCAGGCUGACCGGCUCAAGCUCCUUGACCAGCCCGGCGAUUUUGUCUUCGACUUCAACGUUGACGACAAGGUAGCUGGUUCUGAAGCCAAGGGCAAAGGCGGCUCUACCGUCUCUGCCAUAUCCAAGACUUUCCCUGCUCUCGUUGGAAACGGUGCCGCCAUGACUGUUGGUUUCCUCGGGCCCUGCGGCAUGAACACUCCACACGUUCACAAUCGCGCCACUGAGCUCAACUUUGUUGCUCAGGGCCGCCUCGUCACCAAUUUCGUCGAGGAAAACGGCGCCACGCCCGUCUCAAACACAUUGACCAAGUUCCAGAUGGCUGUGUUUCCCCAGGGUGCUAUCCAUGUUGAGUUCAACCCCGACUGCACGGAUACCGUGUUUGUUGCUGGGUUCAACAACGCCGAUCCUGGUGUUCAGACUAUUGCCCAGAACUUUUUCAGCCUGCGGCCUGACAUUGUGAGCUCGACACUCGGUGGUGUGCAGUCGUUGAAUGGUGCAGACAUUGAGUCUUUCCGGGGCAUGAUUCCUGCCAAUGUUGCCUUGGGGAUUGACACGUGUCUGAACAAGUGUGGUAUCAAGCGUAAUGCUAAGCGGGACAUCAAUGAACUUUUUGCAUAG